AUGAUCUGGCGAUGGUUUUGGUGGUUUGCAGUGAUUGGAAUGGUUAUUGGUGAAGAGUUUGGCUCUACGCGGGAAUUGUAUGAGAGCUUGAUGGUUUCGGAGUUGUACACGUUUGUUUACGUUUACUCGCAUGGGUGCCACUCACAGGAAGUUGGGCCUGAAUUUGAACAGCUGGCUCAAUUGAUGUUAGGGGAAGAUGGGCAACCGUUGGUUGGGUUUGCCAGUAUCGAUGGUCAUAAGUCGCGUAACUUUGCUCGACAAUUUAACGUGGAGUCCUUCCCUCAAUUGCUACUGUUUAAGCCGCAAAAAGAGCCAGCACAGACUCUACUGGAUCUCCUAGGGGACGUGUAUCAUGGUGGGAAGAGUUCUGUCGAUAUGGCCAAAUACUUAUGGCAACAAACAGGCCAUUUGCCUCGAUGGCCAAAGUCCGAAGAUUCUGUGCUAGAGCUGGACAGCUUAAAUACACUACAGAAGCAUGCGAGUACUUUUAACAGUUAUUGGAGUCGUUCGUUCACCGUCAAUUCCUCUGGCGAGCUCAUGCAACAAGUCAUUUUGAUCGCUUUCUUGACACCGUGGACCCGCACAAAAUACCAGGAUAUGUUCCUCGGUGGCAUGCCGAACUCUCUGGUCGAUAAACUAAGUGCCAAAUACGGUUCCCAAUUAAAAUUACUGCGGCUAGAUUCUUCGCAAGAGAAUAUGGCCUCGGUAGUCAAUGAGUUCCGCGUAUCGACUGAACCAUCUAUUUUUUUACUCUUUCAAGAGGACAGUCGGGACUCCCGCAUGGCACUAUUGGAGCUUCUGCCCUACGACUCGCAAACCUGGGACCACGAAGCGCAACUAGUAUCGCAACUGGUGGAUACCGCCGUCGGCAGGAAUUUUUCACAGUUGCAGCAACUAUCGCGAGACUACCACUCGAUUUACCUCUAUGAUUCGCUACAACAAAGGCAGCAAAAAAUCCAGGAUGAUUGGGACCAGUCUCUGGUCGAUCAAAUUGGCAAUUUCACAGAUGCUGAUACCAUUCUCUCCAGUAUAUGGGGUAUGUAA